GCAUCUGGCGAGUGGCUGUCUUCCGAGAAGUGGGCGGCUACUUUCGAGGGCGACAGGAAGUGGCGGCUGAGUUUCUACGAGGUCUGUCGGCGCACGCGGCCCCUCUCCAUCUUCGUGCCAGGCGUGAUUCUCGUGAAGGAGCUGAUCGCCGACGUGAACACCUUCGACGGCGCGGCGGCGACGAUGGCGACGCGGGCGGCGGCGCGCGCGGCCGUGGACGAGGCCGCGGCCGCCGCGGGCGAGGCGGCGACGGCGACGACGCCGCUUGUGGCGGUGCUCGCGGCCGAGGGCGAGGCGGCGCGCGAGGCCGCCGUGGGGCAGUUCGACGCCGAGGCGGCCGCGGGCGUGCUCCUCGACCAGGGCUCCGAGCGCGAGGCGGGCUCCGAGCGCGACGAGGCCGACGCUGGCGAGGACUCCGAGUUCGGCGAGGCCCACGAGUUCGACGAGGACG